UUAAAGGGUUUUAUGAUGGACAUUAAAGUAAUUGUCUUUAAUGAACGUAGAUGGGUUAGGAAUCACCUGUUGAUGCAGGUUAUAAAACUCACCAGAGCGACACAAAAACCAUUCACUCCAGAACUAAGCCGGCACACAAGCAAGUCUUCACUCAUCAUGAACACUCAAGGGAUUGUGUUUUGUGCGGUGUGCGUUACAGUGUUACUGAUGUGCAACCAACCAAGCGAGGCACAACGAAAAUGUUCAAAGUUCAGAAAGCCGGACAACUUUGGUAAAAGACGGUUUCCCUACGAACGAAUCUUCAAGUAUGAAGAUGUUGGAAGGGAAGUACCUGGUCAUGAGGAGUAUGAAGAUGUUGAAAGUCCUCCCACUCAGUCUGUAUGGCUGCCUCAUUUUGGAAGACGAGCGCUUAUUCACAAGAAGAGAGCGGAGAGCCCUUCAGAUGUUAAGAAGUGGCUGGAGUAGACACGCCGACUGGCUUACAGAUGAAGAAUGCUAAAACGGACCAUAACCUGGCAACUUUAACUAUCGCCUUAAAUUUAACAAUGCGUAUUCAUCUCUGAUUCCUUUGCUUCAUAAGCUUGUAAUAAUUUCUUGAAAACAGAAACAUUAAACAUUUGAAAAGACUGAUGACACCA